CUCUUGCUCUGGCCCCUCGCCGCCGCAAGUACCUUCAGUACUUUCGUGGUUAUUGUGCCGGAACUGCACCUGUCCUCUCCAGGUUUCUAAUGUGACACUUGAGGCUGGCUUAGUCCUUCCUUCAAAUGCAAAUACAGAAAGAACUAGAAGAUGGCUCCCCGAGGCAAAAAGAAAGAAUCGUCCUCCCCUCGGAAACAGCUGAACAUCAGGGGAUUCUUCAAGCCCUCGGCAAAGCGGGAGAGAGACCAGGAGGAGAGUUCAAGUAAAGAGGCAAAGGCAGUCGAAUCCCCUAAAAAGAGGUCAAGGCAGUCCAAACAGAGUACAAACAACAACAACAACAAUGCCGAAAAGGAUAUUCCUGCCAACAACAACAACAAUAAUAACAACAAUAACAAUGAGAAGCCAUCGACCCCAGAAAAGAAGGGCAAAGGUUCAGCCGCCCAAGAGAAGCCAGCCACCUCGAAGAGGAAGAAGCAGCCGCCGCCAGUCGUGGAGGAGGAGGAAUCGGAUCCCCUGUACAUCGCAGACGUGGAUGGCAGCGACGACCUGGCAGGCUCUGACAAGGAGGACGACCCAGAGCCCGUGCUCAGCAUUGCCGACUCUCCCAGCAAAGAGACCUUCAUCCUGACCCCUCAGAGCCCUGUGCAGAAGGAACAAACAGUGCGAUUCAAGUGUAAGGUUUGUGACCAGUGGUUCCCAAAUCGUUACUUCCAACGCAAGCACAUGUUGAUGGAGCACGAAGACCAGAGAUAUGAAUGCCGUGUCUGCAGCUUUAAUUCCGUUGAUCCUGAGAAGCUGAAGAGCCAUAUCAUCAAACAGCACGUUACUAAGAAGGAACGGAGUGAGUCUGUGUCGCUGGAUGCUGUGCAGGUGGACUUGGAUGAACUCAUGACGAAGCACACUCCCCGAAAAGUGAUGAUGGAAGAUGGGGUUGCUCUCGGUAGGGAUGCCAGCAACAAAAUGCGCUUCAUCUGUGCAAUGUGUGAGAGAAUUUACACCAGUAAGUACUCUCUUGAACGUCACGUCCGGUGUCACACCGGCGAGAAGCCCUACACGUGUGAUGUUUGCAACUUUUCAACUAGCUAUCGUGAACACAUGCAGCGCCAUAUGACUAGCGUACAUCUUAUUGUACAUUCAGACGAACCAAAACAAAAGUAUGUGCCGAAGAAUAGGAGGAAGACUGAAGAUAAGACGGUCCCACCUGAAGAAGACCCAGAAGAGAAAGAAGGAGUAUCAAGCAAUGAUCCCAAUGGGAGUUUUAACAGUAAUGAUGGAAGCGUGUCCUCAAAUGACACUACUUCAUCUGCUGGAAAGAAAAGACGGAACAUUCUGCGCAAACGCUUUGAGUGUGCUGCAUGUGGAUUAAAGGCCACACACAAAACAGAUUUGGUCAAUCAUAUCAAAGAGAAGCAUCCAAAGGCCCAUAUCGAGUCCUUGAGGAAUGGAGAUGGUUCCAAAGUUCAUCUUAUUGUCACAGUGUCUAAGAAGCCGGUGACUUCACGCAGGAUGGUGAUAACCUGCCCAGACUGCUCAAAAGUGUUCCACGACACUUGGAAGUAUAAGGUCCAUAUGCGGUCACACACAGGUGUUAAACCCUUUGGCUGCAGUGUGUGUUCAUUCUAUGCAACCAGUAAGAUGACUGUCCGUGACCACAUCCAUCGCAAACACAAGGAUGUCCAAAAUCCAAAGAUUUUGUUGCGUACUGUUUGCAUUGAUGGCACUGUGGACCACGUAGAACUGACAAUGCCUCAGAGGGAAUUUAAGUGUGAGUUUUGUGAUGAAGUCUUCCAAGAUAACUAUCACAUGAAGCAACACAAGAAGAAGAGCCACACUGAAGCCCUUCCAUUUUCUUGUGUGGAUUGUGGGCAUAGGGAAUGGGCUCGUGCAAACAUCAUCAUCCACUGCAUGCAAAAACACCCGGACGUAGAACUGGAUGCAUUGGUUUUGCGCAAUGGCAAACCUUUAACUGUAGGGCUUCAUAAGCUACCAAAGUGUGACCAGUGUGACAAAAUAUUCCCAUAUCAGUCACAGCUGUACAUCCAUCAGAAACAGCACACAGGAGAACGCAGUUAUUUCUGUGACAUAUGUAACUACAGCACUAAUCACAAGACAGCUCUCAGCAGGCACAUCCACAAGCACUUGGAGGGUGAAGAUGAGCCUCCAAAGAAAACAGGGGGACGUAAAAAGGGAGCCAAAGCUUCUAGCAAGAGUAAAGAUAAUGACACCCCCAUCAAUUUUGUAAAUGUUAGUGAGCCUCAACCGCAUGAGGUGAAGCGUGAGGCGGUUAAGGCAGAAAAACGGUGCUGAGUAUUGAAGUGCCUUCCACUCAGAAGUCCUUGUGCCUUACAUUGGGACCAUACCUGAAAACAUGUACUGGAAAUUGUCUUCCUGAAGAUUGUCCAGGAUCUUAGGUUUAAAUGUAGGAUAUAUUGCCUGAACCAGUAGAAUGUUGGUGCUUGAAUGUAUUUGUAUUGUUGAUAUCGGCUUGUUGUUUAGAAUUUUGCCAGGUUGAGAUAAUAUUUUAAUAGGAAUCUCUAAGAAGGUAGGAAAUAAGAAUUUUAAGGUAUUUUGAUAGUAUUUUUCAUAGAAGGAUUAAUUUAUGAAUGUUGAGCAUUGUCUAAACACAUUUAUAUUUUAUGAACAAAAUGUUGAAAUAAUCUGUUAUGAUGAAUUUCCUUCAAAAGGAUAGUUUGAUGGCUUUAAUGUUAAGGAAAGUUUAUGUCUUUGUUAAUUUUUGGUAUAAAGUUUUUGUGACUACCACCUGUACACAAAAUAUGCAUACUCUGUUUUUGGUUAACUUUUGAUGAUGAUGAUGAUGAGGAUGAUAUUAGAUUAGCUGACCCGCCCGUAGGUUUGUUUUGUCAUUGAAUAUAUUAACCUUGUUCUUAUUGAUAAUCUUGUGCCCUAUUUCUCUCCUUGAUUUUUGAAGUAUGCUAGAUUGUGUAAUAGUAUGUUGUAAGAGUAUGGAAUGUGAAAAUUGGAAGUUUGUUUGAAUGUUUACUACAUGCAUUGUUAAUUUGCAUAAGUGUAUGUAGUUGGAUUCUUAUUAUUUACUUUAUUCUAAUUAAGGAACGUUCACUGGUAAUUAUAGCGACCUGUUGUCUUCCUGUUCGAGGAAAAUGUGCCUUCCCAUAUGUGCCUUACAAGGAGUAUAUACAUUGGAGAGAUUACAAUUUGUUUUCUCUUUUUACACAGUUAAAAGUAUUUUAUAUAUUUUAGUUAUAACAACGUGUAGCAAUAUUUACGAAAUUAGAGUGCUUUGCCCCAUGUAGCGGUAAUAUUUUGUCAGUACCGGUAAUGCUACAUUUGUAUUAUGUGUUUGCUUUUGUUAAUUUUAGCCUAACAUUUAUGGCAUAUGUUAAAUGCAGUUGAUAUGUAUACAUUAUUUUGGCAUAAACAAAGUUAAAGUGGAUGUGAUAAUUGUCAUUAAUCACAACAUUUCAGAUUUUAGAUAAAAUGUGCCUGAAUGAUUAUACAUUGUUGCUCAUAAUGUAGAGUGAAGUACAUUUUAGAUUAAAGACUCUAUUUUGAA